AUGUCUCCUAUCUCGCCGGACUACUCAACUCGUCAGCGUUCGAAGCAUGGCACCGUAUCAGACAGAUCACCUCUCCAGAAGCUGGAGGGCAAGCUCGGCGGCAUAAGUAAAGAAGAAAAGCGAGCCCGAACCGAGGACGCUGAGUACCGCGCCCGUCAAACAUCAGUGGCCAACCAGUCUCGACGGGUCGAUGCUGGUGGCCAGCAACCUUUACCUUACAGGCCAGCUACAGGAUAUCGUCGCCAGGACCAAAGGUAUCCGUCCGCGCCAGUGUCAGGGACCGAACGCGACGAGAAGCCGCAACAGAGACGAUACUCGGGAGACUAUGCUAGAAAUCCUUCUGAGGUCGCCGAUCCAAACGCCCUGAAUGCUGGUCAAAGGUUCAGGCGUGCGUCUGACGCACUGAGGAUGCAAGGUCAGUCACAAGCCACAGACGACACCAUCAAUCCGUCUGGUAACCCGGGAGGUGUUGAUGGCCAAAGACAAGUCGAACGGUCCAAUUCGAAGGGAUAUCGCCAUCGAGCUCGGGAUGCUGGGUUUGCUGGAGCCGUGGCUGCCGCUGCCACACCCUCGACUACCAACGCUCAUGGGUACGAUGGCGUUCGUAGUCAGGAGUACCCUCGUCGUUCUUCCGAUCAACACAACCGGGCACAGUUCGCUAGCCGUGACAGCAAGCGCAAUGCGAGCCAGAAUUCUGACUCCCAGGGCCACUCCUCAGGCAAUAAUCAUCCGUCACAUUUACCUGCUACUCAACAACCUUUACACACUGCCCGCAUCGGAGCUAGUGGAGACACCAAAGCUGUAAGACGACAUCAGGAGCCGGACCCCAUUCCGCCUCAAUCGGUUAGAACUGGUCACACACAUGGACCAGCCUAUAGUAUCCCUCCCCAGACCGCAGGCGCGCAGGGUGCAAGAGAUCAUGUAGGCUUCACCAGAGCAAAACCAGUAGCUCCCCCAGCAAAUGACCAUGCUGAAGGACGACAUCACCACGGCAUUAGCAAUUUAUUCCAUCGACAUCAUCAAAAGGACGGCAUCUAUCGCAAGACACCCGAGCUUGAAGAAUGGCGUCAAGGGAGUAUAGUGAGAUUGACGGCAGAUGAUCUUGAUCUAGAAGAUCCGGAACAAGCCAGUGCUGGCAGAAAUACUCAUUGGUGGGAAGGAAAAAGAUCACGACAGACCAAUGAAUCUCACAAUGGUUCUGGAAUCUACGACGGCGCCUACGACGAGCCAGCAAAGGCCUUCCGCCCUCCUCUGUUUCUGAAAUGCGGCCCAUUGUUACGCUAUACUGGGAUGCGCCGGGAGAGGCUAUCACAGACAAGUCGUACUGGUCUGACUGAGCGAGAGAUCUGGAGAGGUAGCGUGAUGAUUGUGACUCAGGAUGAACAUUCUUCGUAUGCAGACAUUCCGACGCUUCGAUUGUUCGCACAACCAAUGGAACUAUUGCCACCUGUGUCAACAGAGCACGAGCAAGAUCCGCCACCUGAAUACCUGGAUCCGAUCGCCGGCCAGAUAAAAGUCUCCAGGAUCGGACAACCACUCUACGUGAGAUCUGUAGAUAGACUUGAGGAUGGCGUUGAUAUUUCUUGCGUGGAGAACGAGUCUGGACUAUUUGAGUUGACGAAAAGAGCUGCCUCGGAACCUCAAAGAGAUAACCAAUCCGAAGGCGAAGCCUACCCAACGACCACCACGCAUGAUGGACCCAGAGUCCGAACUCGUGACGGCGAGAAGAUUGGCAAGUAUCGUGAAGUCAAGGCAGCUCGCUUGCACCAAGAGCGUGGCGUCACAUUCUGGAGAUUCAACCUAGAGAUCGAGCUUGGCUCUUUCCAAGCCCGAGUUGCAUACCGAAUCAAUCGAGGCCCCGCCAUCGGAUUCUGGGUCCCCGCAAGAGGCGAGAGCAUGAACAUCAUGUUCCAUUCUUGCAACGGAUUCAGUUUGUCAGUGAAUUCGAACGAAUUCACCGGUCCAGAUCCUCUGUGGCGCGAUGUUUUGAACAAGCAUUUGUCGAGACCUUUCCAUGUCAUGCUAGGCGGUGGAGAUCAGAUCUACAAUGAUGCGGCCAUGCGAGAUACAACACACUUUAAGGAGUGGCUGCAGACCAAGAACCCGGAGCACAAGCACAGAGCUGAGUUCUCAGAGGAUAUGCAAGACGAGCUCGAGACGUUCUACCUUGAUCGCUACAGUAUGUGGUUUUCGCAGGGCUUGUUUGGAAUGGCAAACAGUCAGAUUCCGAUGGUCAACAUUUGGGAUGACCAUGACAUUAUUGACGGCUACGGAUCUUAUCCCCACCACUUUAUGAGCACCAGAGUGUUUACCGGCUUAGGUGCGGUCGCCUUUAAAUACUACAUGCUUUUCCAGCACCAGAGUGUGGUAUCAGAAACGCAGCGUGAUGAGCCCUCAUGGGUACUGGGUGCAUCUCCAGGGCCAUAUAUCAACGAGCUCAGUCGCAGUGUGUUCAUGUUCCUUGGCCGCAAGGUCGCAUUCCUUGGUUUGGAUUGCCGAACUGAAAGAAUGAGGGAUGAGGUUCUGAGCCAACAGAGCUAUGAUAUCAUAUUCGACCGAUGUCGAUCAGAGAUUAUCAAGGGAGACACCAAGCAUCUCAUCGUACUGCUAGGUGUACCAAUCGCUUACCCUAGACUCAACUUUUUAGAGAACAUCUUGACUUCUCGAGUCAUGGACCCUAUCAAAGCCAUCGGACGGACGGGUCUCUUAGGAGGAUUCAUCAACAAGUUUGAUGGUGGUGUCGAGAUUUUGGAUGAUUUGGACGACCAUUGGACUGCCAAGCAUCACAAGCCAGAGAGAAACUGGUUCAUCCAAGAAUUACAAGAACUUGCAGCCAGCAAAUCUGUACGUAUCACCAUUCUCGGAGGCGAUGUACACCUAGGCGCAGUCGGACAAUUCUACACGAAGAAGAAGCUGGGAGUCCCUAAAGACAGAGAUCAUCGGUACAUGCCCAACGUUGUCUCCUCCGCCAUCGUCAACACUCCUCCGCCGAAUAUCAUGGGCGAUGUGCUUAAUAAGCGCAACAAGAUUCAUCACCUGGAUGCUGAGACCGACGAGGAUAUGAUUCCCAUGUUCGAACAUGAUGUUAACGGUAAGGCUCGAAACAAUCUUCAUCUAUUGCCCAGAAGGAACUUCUGCAGUAUCAGAGAGUAUGUCCCCGGCUUCACUCCGCCUCCAUCUCCAAGUCCGGAGCGUCAAUCCACACGCAUCCAGGACAACUUGACAGAUAGUCAUUUGUACCCUCCGGGCUCAAUGGCUAGGUCCAGCUCUACCACCAGAGGAGGUCUCCGCCCUGGCAAUCUCGCACGCAGACUUUCUGGCUCCUCAGCGAAGGAACGUCAACCUACCGUGGCAAGAGGCGAGGUGCACGCGAUGGAGGCGUAUGGUCCAAACGAAGCAGCACAUGGCGGUUCUUACUUUCCAUCUACACGCUCGAGACCGACAGAUGCUUUUCGCCGGAGACCUACAGAUCUAUCUGAGAAAGCUGCAUUAAAGGCAAGUACGAAAGGUGGAUCUAACGGAGAAGACAUCGGACACAUCAACCUUGAGUAUGGAUUGGACAUCUGUCUCAAUAUGGAAGUCGACCAAAAAGACCCCGCAGGAGUUACCAAACCUUACAGGUUGUUAGUCCCUGCUUUGUGGUAUGAAGGAGCUGCUGAUAUCAACACCGCGAGGUUCAAAUCAAGAGGCGCUUCGAUGAUGGAUCGUCUGAGGGGGAAAUCCGCUCAUAGAUCACCCAGUCUCGACGAGCAUUCUCUCAGGAGCGAGGACAGUCGCAGCAGCUCAGAAAGUCUCGAAGACCACACAGCCGGUAGACUGGAUGACAGGGCACUCAACUCAAGGCUUCAGGCGAGCGGACGUGAGCCAGCUGCACAGUUCAGAAGUAAAGGUCAUCCUCACGGCUACGAUGGCCCUCCAGACUCCGCAGAAUUCAACAAGGACGUCGGACCGCCUCCUUCUCGUCACAGACAUCCUGCAUUGGCUGGUACAAGUUACGAAAAGGCUUCUGAAGCUGCAGUCCAGCCUCCAACCCAGCCACAUCCUUCGGUACCGGUGGAUAACAAUCGCGAGAAGCGGUCAUGGAAUCUGUUUGGACGUCGACGUCACCAUGAGAUAAGCACAGCAGACGACGGAAGGCCCAAUGAUGAAUACACAGGAUCAGAAGGAAGCUUUACCGAGUCAGAACCGGAUAAUGAAGACUACCGACAACAGCCCCGUGAGCGAAGACCAAGCAUUGCCGACAGGGUCUUUGGCAGAAAUGGUGUGCAAAGAAACGAAGGUGGAAUGCAGAUUGAAGAGGAGCCCAUCGGACAGCAAGAGGCUCCGAAAAAACCAGGAUGGAAGAUUUGGAAAUAA